AUGGAGAGGUUCCGCCGGUGGAUGGAGCAGCACGGCAAGUCGUACCCGACCGUCGACGAGGAGCUGCGGCGCUUCGAGGUGUACCGGCGGAACGUGGAGCGCAUCGAGGCCACGAACCAACAGGUCGGGCACGGGUACACGCUCGGCGAGAACCAGUUCACCGACCUCACCAGCGAGGAGUUCCUCGCGAGGUACACCGGCCGGUUCGCUCCGCCGGAGAUGAGCCACGAUGGCGACAUGCUGAUCACGACCCGUGCCGGGGAUGUCGCCAAGGGACAGUACCCCGCGCACCGCGGCAACUUGUCCGCGGUGCCUGAGAGCGUGGACUGGAGGGCCAAGGGCGCGGUCACGCCCGUCAGACACCAAGGAGGUUGCUACGCUUCCGGGGCUUUCGCCGCGGUGGCGGCAGUGGAAGGCCUAUACCAAAUAAAAACCGGGAAGCUGGUGCCCCUGUCCGUCCAGGAGCUGGUGGACUGCGAUUCAAAGUCGUUCCAUUGCAGCCCCAGCGGCACACCCGCCGCAGCCUUCACAUAUAUCAAGAUGAACGGCGGCAUCGCGGCGGCCGCAGACUACCCGUACACCGCGCAGGAGGGCAUCUGCAACAGCCAGGCCGAGCAGGUCGCCGUCUCCGUACGCGGCUACCGCGUGCUGCCAUACAACGAGCAGAGCGAGCAGAAGCUCCUCGAGGCGGUGGCGCAGCAGCCCGUCGCCGUCGCCGUCAACCACCUCAGCUUUGAGUUCCAGAGCUACAAGGACGGGGUGUUCUCUGGCCCGUGCGCAUUCGAGGUCGACCGCUUCAACCACCAGAGCGUCACCAUCGUUAGGUACGGGGAGGACGCCGCCACCGGGAAGAAGUACUGGAUCAUAAAGAACUCGUGGGGCCAGUCAUGGGGGAUGGGCGGCUACAUGUUGAUGGAGAGGGGCAUCGCGGAUCCGCGAGGCCUCUGCGGCAUCAACUCUUACCCGGCUUAUCCUACCAUGUGA